CGUCAUGCAUUUGAGUGAACACAUUGGCUGGUAAGUCGUAAAGAGUAAAUACACCUGAUUUCAGUGAAUAUCAUUCGUCGUUCAACUAUCAACGGUAACAACAUGGCGAGUUCUGAAGCAAGAGUUGUGUGUAUAGCAGUAGAUGGAAGCGAGCAUAGCGAGAAAGCGUUUAACUGGUAUAAAGAUCAAAUAUACCGCAAUGGAGAUCGCUUGGUUGUGGUCCACUCUCAUGAACUACACCCACCUGCCUUGCCUCAUGCUAUUGCUACAGAGGAAUGGAAGAAGGAAGUCCUAAAACACGAACAGUACAUCAAAGACUUGGAAGAAAAUUUUAAAACCAAGUGUGAAGCAAUGAAGGUUUCUGCCAAAAUCAUCAUCCAAAGCGGACAUCCGGGAGGCCAUGUUUGUAAAACUGCUCAAAAGGAAGGUGCUGCCUUUAUAGUGGUUGGCAGCCGAGGAAUGGGCACAAUCCGUCGCACCAUAUUAGGAAGUGUCAGUGACUACAUCAUACAUCAUGCGCACGUGCCCGUGAUACUGGUUCCUAAGGUGAAGAACUGAUUUUACCCAAACUCUCCAUUCACACUGAAAAGAAGCAUUUAAGAUGAAGGAACAGUCAAUAGUAGGAUGAAAGAAUGUAGCUUUUUUUACGAUUGAAUUCUCUUGAAUUCUUUCGUUAGAAGUUGGUUGGGGAUUCAAAUAAACAUUUUACUAUUAUGAUAA